AAAAACACGGAGUCGAAGUGUCGACUCCAAGCGUUUCGGCCCUGACUCCCAGACACGAUGGAGAAGAAGAAACGGCUCCUUUGGAAUCGACUCCCCAUCACUAGAUAAGACUAGACUAGACCACUAGACUGGUUUGUUUAGGUUUUAUCUCACAGCGCCGAUUAGCGGCGUAAAAAUACAAAUAAAAAACAAUACAUUUUCAACAAAUGGCGCUUACUGUAUAAAAUAAACAACAAACUAAACGAGCUAUUUUUGGAGUGAGAUGAUAAUGUAUGUCCCGAACAGACCGUUUUCACAGCUACUGGUUAGGACGGCUUCUGCAGGAGAGCCAGGCGGAGCGGAGCAGCGAUGAUGAUGUGUAGACGGGUUUAGCUUCACUCCGCCAACGUUACCGCCCAUGAUAAGCCUCCGCUCGCUGUCUGCCGGGUUGUCGCUUUUUGCCGUGGCUCAUAUGUCGAGCGUCGCCUCGGGAGGAGGCGGGAUGGAGCCCACGGGGAGCCCUGCUCCUCCUCCGCGUCGGCUCCUGCGGCUAGCCUCGGUCCCGGGCUUCGAGCAGCACCGCCUCAACGACCUGCUAUUGCUGAGUCCCGAAGGCCCGCGGAGCCAGAACGACCAUGUCGUCUUCUUCCCCGGGGACAUCCAGAACUUCCAGCAAGAAAUGGCGCUCCAGCCCGAAGCUGCCCCUUGGCAGUGCUGGAACUUGGAGCGUGUGGCCGUCAUGCUGGGUGUCCGCUUCCCUGGCUGUCACAUCUGGGUGGUCCGCGCAUCUCGCAUGUACUUACAUAAGUUCAGCUGCUACCAGAACUUCGUGGAGAGCAACCUGUUUGGAGCUCCAGAGCACUCUCCGGACUAUGGGGCCCUGCGCCACCUGAGAGGCCUCCUGGGCCAUGGCAUGGAGCGGGCGGGCCUCCCAAACCCUCUGCCACCUCUAGGAGGUGCUGCACCUCUCCCUCAGGGUUUCUCCCUGACCUUGGUGGGCUUCAGCAAGGGAUGCGUGGUGCUCAACCAGAUUGUGUAUGAGCUGGCGGGUGCCAGGGUCGACCUGGAGUUGAGGCUGUUUCUUGAGAGCAUCUCAGAUAUGUACUGGCUGGACGGUGGGCACCCUGGAGGAAGCGAGACAUGGGUGACUGACAAACGGGCACUCGGAGAACUGGCAGCCUGCGGAGUGGCCGUGCAUGCCCACGUCACGCCCUACGAAGUGCGGGACCCCAUGCGGGCUUGGGUGGGUCGGGAGCACCGGUGUUUCAUUAAGACACUUGAGGAGCUCAACACCUGCAUCACCCACAAGUUGCACUUUGAGGACGAGCCGGCGUCCAUUGAAAACCACUUUCGGGUCAUAAAGGAGUUCUGAUUAUUGUCCCAGACCUCUUUUUUAAGCUUUAAAGCAAUGAUUUGGCAAAAAAACUGAAUUUUACCAAAUUAUACCCAAAAAUAGUCAGUCCACCAAGACAUAUGUGGUGUCCUUAGUUUGCUUAUUUAGUUUUGCAAUGGAGCCACGAGGCCCACAAAGCCUUAUGAAGCUUGUUCAAAUUGAAGCACAGGCAAGGUACAGUUUUAUUUUUAGCUCCAGUGCAAAGCUAAAGUUGCAAACUCUGAACACAAACAUGUCUUGGCUGAGUGAUCACAUUUGGACGAAGGGGAAAUGUGUGUAAAUUCGAUUUUUCGCUGAACUUGCUUUGACAUGGAAUGUAUUUUGCCGCCAAGCACAAGAGAAUUGUUCGUGUUGCACAGCUACAGCUUCUUACGAAGGCUGCUUCCUCAAAUAAGGACAAUUAAAAAGCAAGGCAUUGAGACCAAAUCUCUGCAUAAAGAGCAAAUACUUUGCAUAAUACUAUCACAUGACUGUGAAAUGAGACUUUUGGAACUGUUUGACUUUUUCCGCAUAUGCCUGAAAGACACAUAUACCAACAUGUGGAGCUAAAUGUGCUAACAGCUCAGCUUAAAUGUAAAUACUUAAUUGUGAAGUUUAUCCUUGUUUCUGCUGCCUUCAUGCACAGACAUCCUUUGUUCUUCAGCUGUGACGCACCUGAAUGUAAAACUCUGCCUCACAAAAAGCUGAAGAAUGCUUUUGGGUUAGUUCUCUUGGGUGAAUCUCAAACAGCUCCCUACUCCCUAUGUACUGCACUGCACGGGUCAUAAAACUUUGGCUUCUAUAACCGAAUAAUGCAUUAAAUGUUAACUGGAGAGUUACACAGCUUGUGGCUGAAUAUAAAUGGCUUUUUGUUUGACAUAUAAUGCACUGUUUGAGUGCAGAAGCCUUUAUUUCACGGCCUACAUAGUGCAUUGCAUAAGGCGUAGGGAGCUGUUAGGGAUUCAGCCUUAGGAUACUUAUCUUAGAUAAGCUUUUCAGUAUUAUCACUGCUGUAAAAAAUAGUUGCAGCUGGACAGAUGCUGUCCUUGAAUAUAAUGCUAGCAUGCAGUUUUGCUCUGUUGUUGUCAUUCAUGACCUUAUUGCAGGUUAAAUUAUGAAUCAUUCACUAAAUUUGUUGGAUUAGAGACCAAUGCACUUUUUAACAUGAGCAUAUGGCCUGUGAUUUGGCCUGGUUGUUUCUUCACUGACUGUCUUAAUGAAAUAGAAAUCUGUAAUCUCUUUGCUUGAAUGCCAAAAUUAUGUCUGUAAUUAUUAUAGAGCUACAACGGUUUCUCUGGCUGAGACUAAAUGGCUGUUUACUAGGCACUCGUUUAAAAGACGUGUAGUAUAUACUUUAUGUAGGAUUCUAGGAAUAGAAAGCAAGACAAUUUUGGAUUUCCUGCUUGAGUACAAUGAAUUCAUUGAAUGUAUUUCAUGUUUUGUAUCAUUCCGCACAUUUGCAAAUGCUAUUUUUCCCUAAUUCAGAAUUGCUCGUUAUGUUCUGUUACUUGAUGAUGAAGUAAAAUCAGUUUAAAUUAUUACA